UAAAAGAAUGGUGUUCCCAUACGGCGGGCUGGAAACGCACAUCGAGAUUGGAAAUCGGCAAAAACCCUUUUCCCAGUCCCCACUAAAUCCCCUCCUCGCAAGCUUUGCGCACUUACUUCACUGCUUCCCCUCUGCCCUUUUCCUCCUUCUUCCCUCUCUUCCCCUCCCGUGAAGCCUUCUUCCUUGUCUCAGGAGCAGAGCGUACACUAGGGUUUCCUCUCCAAAGAGCAAGAAACAACAUCAGGUCGAGCUAGCUCUCGAUCCUGAUCCUUUUGUGUGUCGUUUGUUCCUUUUUGUCCCGCAUUCUUAUCGCACAACCCCGCCUCUAGGGCUUUGCUCUGAGAAAAAACCGUCAAGAUGGUCAACUUCACCGUCGAGGAGAUCCGGGCCCUUAUGGACCGCCCGGCCAACAUCCGUAACAUCUCCGUUAUUGCUCACGUCGAUCACGGAAAGUCCACCCUGACCGACUCCCUGGUCCAGCGUGCGGGUAUUAUCUCCGCUGCUAAGGCUGGUGAGGCUCGUUUCACGGAUACGCGUGCAGAUGAGCAGGAGCGAGGCAUUACCAUCAAGUCCACUGCCAUCUCCCUGUACGCUCACCUGACGGAUGAGGAGGAUGUCAAGGACAUCCCCCAGAAGGUCGAUGGUAACGAGUUCUUGGUCAACCUGAUCGACUCCCCCGGACACGUUGACUUCUCCUCCGAGGUCACUGCUGCCCUCCGUGUCACCGAUGGUGCCCUGGUCGUCGUCGACUGUAUCUCCGGUGUCUGUGUCCAGACCGAGACUGUCCUGCGUCAGGCCCUGGGUGAGCGUAUCAAGCCCGUCUGUAUCGUCAACAAGGUCGACCGUGCUCUGCUCGAGCUCCAGGUCUCCAAGGAGGACCUCUACCAGUCCUUCGCUCGUACCGUCGAGUCCAUCAACGUCAUCAUCGCCACCUACUUCGACAAGGCUCUCGGUGAUGUCCAGGUCUACCCCGACAAGGGUACCAUUGCUUUCGGUUCCGGUCUUCACGGCUGGGCCUUCACUGUCCGCCAGUUCGCGGCCAAGUACGCCAAGAAGUUCGGUGUUGACCGUAACAAGAUGAUGGAGCGUCUGUGGGGUGACAACUUCUUCAACCCCAAGACCAAGAAGUGGACCAAGACCGAGACCUACGAGGGCAAGCCCCUGGAGCGUGCCUUCAACCAGUUCAUCCUGGACCCCAUCUUCAAGAUCUUCAACGCCGUCACCCACUCCAAGAAGGAGGAGAUCAACACCCUGAUCGAGAAGCUGGAUAUCAAGCUCGCCAGCGACGAGAAGGAGCUCGAGGGCAAGCAGCUCCUCAAGGUCAUCAUGCGCAAGUUCCUGCCUGCCGCUGAUGCCAUGUUGGAGAUGAUCGUUCUCCACCUGCCCUCUCCCGUCACUGCCCAGAAGUACCGUGCCGAGACUCUGUACGAGGGUCCCACUGACGACGAGGUCUGCAUUGGUAUCCGGGACUGCAACCCCAAGGCUCCUCUGAUGCUCUACGUUUCCAAGAUGGUGCCCACCUCCGACAAGGGUCGUUUCUACGCCUUCGGUCGUGUCUUCGCCGGUACCGUCCGCUCCGGUAUGAAGGUCCGCAUCCAGGGUCCCAACUACACCCCUGGUAAGAAGGAGGACCUGUUCAUCAAGGCCAUCCAGCGUACCAUUCUGAUGAUGGGUCGUUUCAUUGAGCCCAUUGAGGAUGUCCCCGCCGGUAACAUCCUGGGUCUGGUUGGUGUCGACCAGUUCCUGCUCAAGUCUGGUACCAUCACCACCUCCGAGACUGCCCACAACCUCAAGGUCAUGAAGUUCUCCGUCUCCCCCGUCGUCCAGCGUUCCGUUGAGGUCAAGAACGCCAACGACCUGCCCAAGCUGGUCGAGGGUCUCAAGCGUCUGUCCAAGUCCGACCCCUGUGUCCUGACCAUGAUCAACGAGGCUGGUGAGCACAUCGUUGCCGGUGCCGGUGAGCUGCACCUGGAGAUCUGUCUGAAGGAUCUCGAGGAGGACCACGCCGGUGUUCCCCUCCGUAUCUCUGACCCCGUCGUCUCCUACCGUGAGACCGUCAGCGGCGAGUCUAGCAUGACUGCCCUGUCCAAGUCUCCCAACAAGCACAACCGUCUGUACGUUACUGCUCAGCCUCUGGACGAGGAGGUCUCCAAGGCCAUCGAGUCCGGCAAGAUCUCCCCUCGUGACGAUUUCAAGGCUCGUGCCCGUGUCCUUGCCGACGAGUACGGCUGGGAUGUCACCGACGCCCGUAAGAUCUGGUGUUUCGGUCCCGACACCACCGGUGCCAACUUGCUGGUUGACCAGACCAAGGCUGUCCAGUACCUGAACGAAAUCAAGGACUCCUUCGUCUCCGGUUUCCAGUGGGCUUCCCGUGAGGGUCCCAUUGCUGAGGAGCCCAUGCGCUCCAUCCGCUUCAACAUCAUGGAUGUUACCCUGCACGCUGAUGCCAUUCACCGUGGUGGUGGUCAGAUCCUGCCCACCGCUCGUCGUGUGCUGUACGCCGCUACCAUGCUGGCUGACCCCGCUCUGCUCGAGCCCAUCUUCAACGUCGAGAUCCAGGUGCCCGAGCAGGCCAUGGGUGGUAUCUACGGUGUCCUCACCCGCCGUCGUGGUCACGUCUACACCGAGGAGCAGCGUCCCGGUACUCCUCUGUUCACCGUCAAGGCUUACCUGCCCGUCAACGAGUCCUUCGGCUUCACUGGCGAUCUCCGUGCCGGUACCGGUGGUCAGGCCUUCCCCCAGUCCGUCUUCGACCACUGGGCCGUCCUCCCCGGUGGCUCGCCCCUCGACCCCACCACCAAGCCUGGUCAGGUCGUUGCUGAGAUGCGUAAGCGCAAGGGUCUCAAGGAGCAGGUUCCCGGCUACGAGAACUACUACGACAAGCUGUAAACAACUCAAUGCCAGCCGGAUAGACUUCCCGACAAUGAUAUCUGGGAUCCAGCCAUUACGAGUGUGACGACAUAAAAUAAAAAGCCCAGGUUAGGACAGUACAAAAUCGGCGCCGUGGUGUGGAAAUAUGUUCCAGCGGGCAAGCUUCUGCAUGAGGAUGUCGGGGUGUGGCUAAGGGCCAAUUGGGUUGUUCUUUGUCGAACUUGCUACUGCUUGACCUGCGAAAAAUACCCUUGCCAUCUCCGUCUUCCUAGUUUGGCUCAAUACCUCACGCUCGGGUUUCAAAAUGCCUAGAGAGAGAGAAGUAGAAUAAAGAUGUGCGAGCAUAGGAACAGCUUGUCUUUAAUUUGGCCUCUUGUUACGUUACGAAUGUGGAAUUUCCUUUGCUGUUCUCUAGUUUCAUAGUUUGCCCCUGAAAAUAAAUACGGUAGUUCAAUAACUGUGAUUCGCG